CUUAUGGCUCGAUGGAAAUAUAUGUACUUGAGCGAGAGCUCUGCAGGGAGAGCCCGACCCUUCUGCCCUCCGUGUAAUUCUCGCCUGUGCCAGCAACGCUCAGAAACUCCCAGUUCACGGCUACCGUUAUUGGUAUCGAAUCAUUAUUUAUCCAUGUAAUCUUUCUGUUAUGUAGCUAGCUCAAACAAACGCGCCUAGAAGCGAUGCCCACUCUCUCCCGUCUCAUCGCCAUUCGCAUAUCAAGCAGGACAGCUUCUCGCUUCCUGCGACACUGCCAAGUGUGCAAGGAGUUCCAUGACACGCCCAUGAUCACGACGCGCUCGCACUCCUUCUGCCUAUCUGCAUCAGACGCUGUUUCAACGCCGACGGCAAGCGCCCGGCCUGCCACGCUAGCGACCAGGCGGAUAAGCUGAGGAGGAAUUUGGUGGUGCAAGAGCUGGUCGACACAUUCAAGGCUGCGAGGCCUGCAGCGCUAAAGCUCGCGCAGGCGAAGGCGGGAACGGGGGAUAAGGAGACUGAGAGGGCGAAACGCAAGCGGAGGCUGGACGGAACAGAUGUGGAUGAAGACAAUAUUGGAAAGACGCGUAGCGCGGCUUUGAGCGGCUCGAGGGAAGAGAGGGAGGAGAGGGAGGAGAGGGAGGAGUUGAGCCAGUCGGUGGUGUCCUCGACGGUGUGGAGCUUGCCCCUGGCGUGUGUGUGGAAUGCCGCAUUGGUGAAGUGGGAGGUGACUACCCCCUACAGAGACGUCGCUCAGGCAUUCCAGAACCUUGCUUGGUGAGUGUCCCUCCAUCUCACC